AUGGGUGGCAAGGCAAAACAAAGCCAAAGAACUAAAAAUAAUGUCAGGCCUUCAAGCAGUGGUCGCAGUGCGGGACUUUUGAAUAAUCCAGGGAAGUUCGAUCCUGCACCUGCUCAUAUGGUUGGAGGCAAGAGCAUGCCCCCACUGUUCCCGACGUUAGCUACUGUAUCCUUGGAUCAGGGACUCAAUCAGGAGUUCUCCAUGUGUGUUAAGAAGCUUAACAAGAAGGAUCCCAUAACUAAAAUAAAGGCAUUACAAGAACUAACAGAAUUGGUAAACAAGAGUGAUGUAGAUGAGGUUGAAGCAGUGUUACCCAGUUGGACCCACUUCUAUAAAACUUUAUCUGUGGAUACCGACUGGAAAGUUCGGGAGGCAACACAGGCGAGCCAGGCGGCGGUGGUGCGGGCGUGCGGGCGGCGCGUGGCGCCCCACCUGCGACAGCUGCUGCCCGCGUGGCUGCUGGCCCGCCACGACGACCACGCGCCUGCCCAGCUCCUCGCACAACUCUCCCUCAAGGACACAUUUCCUGAGAAGAAGUUGCCUGAAGUUAUUAUAUUUUGUAAAAAUGAAAUUAUUGCACAACUAUUAGAUAAUCUUAUUGGAAAUGGUGAAUCAUUAAUCGCUCAGAGGAUUGCUGACCCGGAGGAGCGCGAAGCGGCGAGCGCGAGGCUCGCGGCCAGCAGUCUGCGGGGCGCGAGCUGGCUGGCCACACACGCGCCGCCGCCGCUCCACCACUGGAGCGACGCGCUGCUGACGCCGCUGCUGCAGCACGCCACCUUCUGGAGGCUCGCCGCGCACCGCCAGCACGCCACCUUCUGGAGGCUCGCCGCGCACCGCCAGGCGCCCGUCAGGUACCGCCCGCAGCCUGGUGCGCCGCUGCUGCAGCACGCCACCUUCUGGAGGCUCGCCGCGCACCGCCAGGCGCCCGUCAGGUACCGCCCGCAGCCUGGUGCGCCGCUGCUGCAGCACGCCACCUUCUGGAGGCACGCCGCGCACCGCCAGGCGCCCGUCAGGUACCGCCCGCAGCCUGGUGCGCCGCUGCUGCAGCACGCCACCUUCUGGAGGCUCGCCGCGCACCGCCAGGCGCCCGUCAGGUACCGCCCGCAGCCUGGUGCGCCGCUGCUGCAGCACGCCACCUUCUGGAGGCUCGCCGCGCACCGCCAGGCGCCCGUCAGGUACCGCCCGCAGCCUGGUGCGCCGCUGCUGCAGCACGCCACCUUCUGGAGGCUCGCCGCGCACCGCCAGGCGCCCGUCAGGUACCGCCCGCAGCCUGGUGCGCCGCUGCUGCAGCACGCCACCUUCUGGAGGCUCGCCGCGCACCGCCAGGCGCCCGUCAGGGCGGCGUGGUUCUCCGCGAUGGGCAGUUUUGUGGAGCGGUUCAAGGACAACUUCGAGGCAGCACACGGCCGGAAACUGUUGCGGCAGGUGCUGGCUGCCACGGACCGUGCCACGCCCGUCGCGCCGCCACUCUGGGACUGUCUGCUGCUGAUCAUGCAUAACUUGCAGGACUGGCACACGUGGUUAGAUAAAAACGAUCUACUUACAAAAAGAAUUAUUGAUCUAUUAGAAAAUGGAGGGUGGGAGGACGCGAAGCAGCUGUCGACGUUACUGCUGCCACUACUUGCUGGACUACCGCCGCACCUCGCCACCAAGGAAUUCCAUAUUAAGUUCUUCGCAGCCAUCUAUAAGGGGUUGGAGAAGAAGAGCAUAGCGAAUUGUAAGAGCGAGCGAGAGUACUGGAUAAGGAGUGCGUCGGAGUGCAUGGGGUACGUGUCGUCGCUGGAGGCGGAGUACUCGGCGGAGGUGGUGUCGGGCGCGCUGCGCGGCUGGGUGGCGGCGGCGCUGGCGCCCCGCGCGGCCGCGCCGCUCGCCGCCAGCGCCGCCGCCUGGGGCCGCCUGCUGCGCGGCUGGCUGCGUGCGCCGCCCGCGCCGCGCCUGGACCUCCUCGUCAGGGGGUUCUGGCACGGCCUCGCCGCCACCCUCGCCGACCACGUGCGCGCGCUGCCCGCCGACCUGCACCAGGCCCUCCGCCUCGUCGACGCCCACCUGCUGCUGCUCCGAACUCUGAGAGCCGCCAUCCGGCCCGAGCCGAGGCGGAAGCACGGCGUCAAGUUCCAGGACGAGGACGCCUCGCCGGAAUCUGAGGAGCGCUCGAGUCCGACGCCGGAGUGCGACCCCGACGUCGUCGAGAGAUACGAUCACAACCUCCACGAGCUCAUCGAGAAGGUCUGCGUCGGGUACUUCGAGUUCGUCGAUAACAAGAACAUCGCGGAGCCCGUUCUGAAGCCGCUCACCGCUCUGUUGCUAGAAUUCGACAGGGAGCGGACGUUCGUCGGGAUAGCGAAGCAGCUGGGGGCGAAUUCUGUGUAUGAGUUCUAUGAUAACGUCUUGAGACGCUGGCUCAUGAACGACGCUAUGCGAUGUGAAGCUAUCGUGGACAUAGUUUUCAUUAUUUUAAAGUAUAUGACGGAAACCGAACAAGACGCUACGAUGAAAUCGUUCGACUCGGAUCCGCCAUACCAGGACUGA